AUGAAACUCUCAAACUCUUUAUCCUUAUUGCUUGUCUCGUCACUGGUCUCUGCAGCACCAGUUGCAAUCAAUCAUAACCACCAUCAACAUAAAAGAGAGGCGGUUACUGUCACUGAAGUCCAUACUGUUGUUGUCAAUGGUGCUAACCCAACAGCUUCUCCAGAGGCUCACACUGUCCAAGCCCUUGUCAAUGACGCUGUUCUAGGUGAUGACGAAUCAACUUCUUCCACUCAACAAGCUGCUGCUGCAACAACUACAUCUGCUGCUGCUCAAACUUCCCAAGCUCAAGAGAACACUGAAACAAGUGCUGCAGCUCAAACAACUUCUUCUUCUUCUUCUUCAUCCUCCUCUUCAUCUUCUUCUGGUUCUUUUGAAGAUGGUACUAUUCCAUGUUCUGAAUUCCCAAGUGUUGCCAACAUUGUUUCUCUUGAUUGGGUCGGUCUUGGCGGUUGGGCUUCUGUUAUGGCUUUGGAUGGCUCAACAUCAAACUCUUGUACCGAUGGCUUUUAUUGCUCUUAUGCUUGUAAGCCAGGUUACUCGAAAACUCAAUGGCCUUCCAACCAACCUUCCGAUGGUAGAUCUGUUGGUGGUUUGUUAUGUAAAGAUGGUUAUCUUUACAAGUCAAAUUCUGAUUUCGAUUCCUUAUGUGAAGAAGAUGUUCAAACUGGUAACGUUGUUUCCGAGUUAUCCGAAGUUGUUUCUCUUUGUAGAACCGAUUAUCCAGGUUCCGAAAAUAUGGUUGUUCCAACCGAAUUAGAAGGUGGCUCAACUCUUCCAUUGUCUGUUGUCAAUGAAGAUAACUAUUUUGAAUGGCAAGGUAAGAAAACUUCUGCUCAAUAUUACGUCAACAACGCUGGUGUCUCUAAAGAAGAUGGUUGUAUUUGGGGUACCGCAGGUAGUGGUGUCGGUAACUGGGCUCCACUUGUCAUUGGUUCUGGUUACACCAAUGGUUUAACUUACUUAUCCCUUAUUCCAAACCCAAAUAACAACUCUCCUGCUAACUAUAAUGUCAAAAUUGAGGCUGCAUCAGGUGGUUCUAUUAAUGGUGAAUGUAAAUACGAAAACGGCCAACUUUCCUCCCCUGAUGGUUGUACCGUUACUGUCACCUCUGGUUCUGCAAAUAUCAUUUUUUACUAG